UAUAUCCAGAGCGCGUUGGAGAGAAUCAGACGCAGAGCAACAGCAGGAGAGCAUGUCGAUCAGAGCGGCCGCGCCAUUGCCUCUGUGCGCGUCCCGGAGCACGGGGCACGCCCCACUGUGCCCCUCGCGGCACCAUGGGCUUGCUCUUUGGCGAGGACGCUUUGGUUCCUCCACUGGUGGCAGUCAUAGCCCCCUUUCUCUCCUCCCUCUGCGCUGUCUUGUGACCCUGAAUCAGCGGCGUUCUAGGCUUGUUGUGGUUGUAGAUGCUGUGGAUUCUACCCAGCCGUCCACGUCCUCUGAUAAGACCGUUGUUACUGACAGUGAUUUCUCGCUCGCCAAGGUUUCUUUUGGCACUAUUGGAUUAACGCUUGGCUGCACACUGCUCUCGUAUGGCUUUGGAGCAUAUUUCAAUAUACUCCCUGGGUCUGAGUGGUCUGCUAUAAUGCUUACAUAUGGAUUUCCUAUAGCAAUAAUUGGCAUGGCUCUAAAGUAUGCAGAGCUUAAACCAGUACCAUGUGUAACCUACUCCGAUGCUCAAAUCUUGAGGGAGAAAUGUGCUACUCCUAUUCUUAAACAGGUGAGAGAUGAUGUUAUUCGAUUUCGAUAUGGAGAUGAACAGCAUUUAGAUGAGGCCCUGAAGCGAAUAUUUCAAUAUGGUCAGGGUGGUGGAAUUUCACGGAGAAAUGCUCCUAUCCUACAAAUGGUUCGAGAAGAAGUUACUGCGAAUGGGAAGUACUGCUUAGUUCUCGUUUUUGAAGCAAAAGCUUUGCAGUUGUCUGAUUUUGAACAAAGAAAGGCAAAAUUCACAUCAUUUUUUGGACCAGGAAUCUCCACAGAUAUCAGCGGAGGCGAGAAUAAUCUAUAUGAAGUUCGUCUAAUUUCUGAAACAACUUAAAUCAAGACUGAUGAUACUGUCUUUUUGCCCUCUCUUACAUUUUAAUACUUCAAAUGUGCAGCUAUUUUUCUAUUUGUUUCCUUAAUUGCCACCUUGUAUAUUAUAAAGUUGGUUUUCCCAUUUAUAUAUAUAUUCAUGUAGUGUUGGGUUAUAAUAUUGGCUAUGUUUCAUCUUUUUCAA